AGGUUUUGCUGCUUCACUCUGGCCGGCAUCCCCAAAUACAUCUCUAGGCAUUUCCUGCCUUUUCUUCAAUCGUUAUUCUGGCUCCAAGCAUGCGGUCGAUGCGCUUUUGUAACCUCUGAACCGUUGAGACAUUUAACACACCUCGACAUGGCGACGCACAGGCCGGUCGACGCCGAUGCCCAAUUGGUAUACAACUACCACCGUAUGUCCAUGCCAUUGCCCAGCCACGCCGACGCCAUAUUCUGUCUGUGCAGCCUCGACACGCGCGUGGCUCGCCGCGCUGCAGAGCUCUUCCUCUCGGAACAAUCUUCCUCAUCGAAGGGGGACCAGGAUGGCGGCGACGACGACAAAGUCAAAUAUCUCAUCUUCUCUGGCGGCUCGGGCAAGCUGACUGAAUCGCGCUUCGAUAAGCCCGAGGCAGAGGUGUUUGCCGAUAUCGCGCGUAAGAUGGGCGUGUCGGACGACAAGAUCAUCGUCGAGCCACGAUCCACCAACACGGGCGAGAAUGUGCGCUUCACGUGGGCCCUGCUGCAGGAUAGGGAGAUCCAGGUCAAGUCGCUGGUGCUGGUGCAGAAGCCGUACAUGGAGCGCCGGACGUACGCAACUUUCAAGAAGCAAUGGCCGGAUCUGGGCGCCGACAUUGCAGUCACGUCGCCACAGCUCGAGUGGGAAGAGUACCCAGACGCGGAGAACCCACGGGAUCUCGUUGUCAGUAUUGCGGUAGGCGAUCUGAUCAGGAUCAGGGAGUAUCCGGCAAAAGGAUUCCAGAUCGAGCAAGAAAUUCCCGAUAAGGUGUGGGAAGCUGGGCAGAGGCUUGUGGCUGUUGGGUAUGAUACUCACCUACCUUGACAACAUCCAUGGGUACAUUCAAGCGCAAGCAGCUCGUGGAUUUGUACUGUUCUACUAGACUGUAGACGCCAGAGCCAACAUCAACAGCCGGAGCUCAAGAGACCAGCCACGCUACGCCAUAAGGAAUGUCUGGCGAUUUUCCGACCUAUCCUGGAAGUAAUGAACAUCAAUAUGAUACUUCCCUGGCUCGACACCUGUGAAAUAUAGUUACUUCAUAUCGCUGAUUGAGUUCGCAUAUCCUUGGUGUUCCGCCUAGUUGGCAGCAUCAUUUGCGCUCGCCUAACGACUCCGGUUUCCAGAUCAACGUGACGAGCGUCAUUUAGGUGAAGUAGAAGAG